AUUCUCCUAAUUAAUUUUCAGAUUAAUCAUGAAAUUUCUAGUUUUGGUCCUUAGUUUGGAGGCUCUAGGUGUGCUGGGUAUAUUGAGGGGGAGACGGCAGACGGAGAGAAGUAUUCUCCGACAGAGGAGGAAUAUUUGCAAUGUCGGAGAACUUUUUCAGACCAACUUUGAUGGUGACGCGUUAAAUAUUGAUGUGGCGAAGAGCUUCAUAGAUUACUACGCGAACAUGGGAGGGUUUGCUGGCAUUCCUAAAAUGUGUUCAGAUGAUGGAAGUGAUCUGCAGGAGAGGGAAAACCUUAUCUAUGUCAUUAACAGCAAGAAUUCAAGAAGACGACGCAGAGAGACAUCUAGCCAUACCAAAGAAAACUUGACUCAGAAGGAAGGAAACGUUCUUCGGAAAAGAGUUGCGAAUUCUGAUGAUUUUCCUCAAACUCAAAUUUCAGAAACUUUAAGGAAUAUUGAGAGGUUGGCAGUAAAGGGAGAUGAAAUUGAAGCUAAGAUUACUGCAGCUGCUGCAGUACUAGGGAACCCAGAGAUUCAAAAUGACACAGAACAAUUUCUUAUUUACCGGCAACGAAUGAAGUCUUUACUUAGAGCUAAGAUUGAAUUUUUAAUCCAGGAACAUACGGAAACGAUGAAAGAGUACAGAAAGUUUGAAAUCCCGCAACAGUUCCAUAGAUAGUUGUCUGCUGAUUCGAAGCUAUCACUUGCUAUAGUUCCAUAAAUAGUUGUUCCAUAAUCCGAAGCUAGCAUAGCAUGUUCCAUAGAUACUUGUUCCCUGUUUCAAACCUAUCUAUACUAUAACUAGUUUCAUAGAUGAUUCUUUUCUGAUUUGAAGCUAUCUCUAUAGCUAGUUCCAUAGACACUUUUCUCCUGAUUCAAAGCUAUCUAUAGCUAUUUCUAAUAGUUGUUGCCUGAUAUCUAUACUAUAACUAGUUUCAUAAGUACUCGUUCCCUGAUUUGAAGCUAUCUAUAUAGCUUGUUCCAUAGAUACUUAUUUCUUGAUUCGAAGCUAUCUCUAUAGCUAGUUCCAUAGACACUUUUUUCCUGAUUCAAAGCUAUCUAUAGCUAUUUCUAAUAGUUCUUGCCUGAUAUCUAUACUAUAACUAGUUUCAUAACUACUCAUUCCCUGAUUUGAAGCUGUCUAUUUACUUGAUCUAACUAGUUCCAACUUCCAUAAAUACUUGAUCCCUGAUUUGAAGCUAUCUAAUCCUGUUCCAUAAAUUUUCGUUCCGAUUCGAAGCUAUCUAAUCCUAGCUAGUUCCAUAAAUACUCCUUCGCUGAUUUGAAGUUUCCUGUGAAAAAAAUGUUUCAAUAUUUUCUAAUAUUUUCUAGAAUGAAACGAUGUAAUUAUUAAUAAAUCGACAUAAUAUU